AUGGAUCGCAUCUGUAAGUGGUCAGUGCGCUACGAUGGCGAAAGUGGCGCCCUGGAGUUCAUCGCACGCGUAGAGGAACUGUGUGAAGUAUACGAUCUGCCGACGGAUAUCAUGCCACGCAUCAUUAUGGAACUGCUGCAUGGUAAAGCAGCAAUUUGGUACCGGAACAACCGUAGAGUAUGGUCAGGGUGGCAAGAGUUCAAGCGGGAAUUCCUCAAAUUCUUCUUGCCCACCCGAUACCUAGAACGGUUAGAUGACCAGUUGCGACAGACGUUCCAGCUAGCCGGCGAGAAGUUUAGAGAUUACGCGCUCCGCCUGCAGGACUUAAUGCGGCACCUUGAUUAUACGACACAGCAGAGGCUCGACAGGAUCGCCCGAAACAGCCGUAGAGAGUAUCAGCUGUUCUUUGGUGAUACCUCCAGCAAAGAUUUGAAUGAAAUAAUAGCGCUGGGAGAGCGUUUUGAGGACAUACCCACACCAGCAACAGCAACACCCUGGAGAGAAACCGCAGGUAUACCCCGCCAACCAAGAGGUAACACUCCGUUCAUGACAAGUACCAGCAAUGCCAGCAGGAAUGUUUGUCAUCGAUGUGCCCAACCAAGCCACCUGGCACGUGAUUGCCUUAAUCAGCGUGUUUUAUUCUGUUGGGAUUGCGGCCUUACGGGCGUACUGACAAAGGAGUGCUGCCGACAAACUACCCGUCAAGAUAUACAAGCACGAGCUAAGGAACAGCAAGACCAGCCGACAAAAUCAACAGGUCCAGGCCACCACAAAACAAACCAAGAGCCCGAGGUCGCAUCAACAGCAUCUGAGGAAGGGGCUAGGCAAAACAAUCCAAUGACAACAACAGCACGCUAG